AUGGCCCUCUCUAGGAAAAGCACCUUCCUACUAGCUUAUAUAGAGCAGGCUAGCUCGUUCUCUGCUAUUUCAACUCGUAAUUCGCUUAAUACUGCUUUUUGCUCUAAGGGAAUUAAGGAACUAGUAAUCUCUAUAGUCUUUCUUUCCUCAAAAAGUAAUAUUAUAAUUAAUAUUACUCCCGAAUUCAACUCUGACUUUCUGGUUCAAAAUCAAGCUAUUAUAAAGGGGGUGCUUCCCUUAGUUACAAGCUAUAAAGUUAUUAUCUACGGUCUACCUAUUCAUAAGUUUGAUAUACCCGAAGGAAUGGACUUAGUCCUAGAAGAAAUCAAGACCUUUAAUAAGGGACUAGAGCCUAUUAGCUAGCCCUAUUAGGCUACUUCUAAGGAGAAAAGAGACUCAGGCCUCUAGCGAGCCGGUUUAGUAGUAGUGGCAUUCCCUA